AUGAAUACAACAAAAGUUUUGUCCUCCUCUUCUUCUUCUUCCUCCUUGUCCAACACUGAUUGGGCAUGGCUUCCUCAAAACCUGCUUUACAUGGUGCUAAAUAAACUCCUCCUCCUUUCUGACAUAAUUAAGUUUAGCAGUGUGUGUACUAAUUGGCGUUCUGUUGCAAAAGGCAAGUUUAACCAACUUAAGCUCCGUCCCUAUAUGUACUUCAACCGAGACCUUCCUAUGCUACUUAUACCAAGCUUAGCAGAAAACAACGAGUUCAUCCGGAGUUUAUAUAGCAUCAACCAAGGUGAGAUCUAUGAUCUUCACCUACAAGCUCCUUACAAGAAAAGAUGUUGUGGUUCUUCUCAUGGUUGGCUAAUCACCCUAGAUGGUGUUGCCUUCGAGGUAAACCUCAUAAACCCUUUUUAUUUCGGAAGUAGCAAAGGGAUCAUUCAUCUUCCUCAGUUUUCUCCUGCCAUUGACAUGUACAAAGAGAUUGGUGAAGGUUUCAGUUUUGAGUAUGUUAUAUGUAAAGCUAUUUUAUCAUCUGACCCUAUUUCCUCUCCAAAUGAAUUUGUGGUUAUGGUCAUCUAUGGUGAGAUGAGAAUGUUAGCCUUCUGGAAGCCAGGUGCUGAAAUUUGGACAUACAUAACAUGGUCUCUUCCUCAAUUCUUUGAUGUUAUAUAUGUUAAAGAUCAUUUUCUUGCAGUUAAUACCUUAGGUCAAAUUUACUCAUGUGAGAUCAAUGAUGACGCAAAUCCUACUUAUAACUUGAGAUCAAUUUGUGAUUCUCUUAUGGGUCUAUUAGGAAACUGUUGUCGUAGGUACAUUGUCGAAUUACCAGAUAAAACUAUAAUGCAAGUUAUAAGGAUACUGAAGGCGUGCAUGUGUACUAUGAACGGUCCAAUUCUUACUAUCGGUUUCUUUAUCUAUAAGAUGGUGGUAGAUGAUAAUGGAAGAAAUGAUUGGUUAUCAAUUGAAACCUUGGAAGAUGGUGCAUUAUUUUUAGGAGAUAACUAUUCUCUCUAUGUAUCUGCUUCCCAGUUCCCCGGAUGCAGAUCAAAUUCAAUCUACUUUACCGAUGAUUACCAUGAUAGUGAUGCUAUGCUCCUUAAUCCAUACCAGUUAGCUGGGCCGUUUGACAUUGGUGUUUUUUUGUUGGAUGAAAAGAGAAUAGAUAGAUAUUAUAUCCCAAUGGCAGAGGAGUAUCACUUCCCGCCACCUAUUUGGAUCCUACCAACUCUCUAGGACAGA